UAGCUCGGUGGACUUAUUAAACGCUCCGCCGCUGCCUUAUUAGCCAGGCAUUCGCUGAGACGCUGAUGGCUAACACCAUGAACAAGGAGGCAAGGAAGGUCUACGAGGAUGGCGAAGGCGGGAUCCAUCGGCUCCCGGACGAAUGCUUAGCGAAGGCUAUCGGCCUGACCUCACCGGCGGACGCCUGCCGCGCGGCAGCUGUGUCCGCCGCUUUCCAGUCGGCGGCGGACUCCGACGCCGUGUGGGAGCGGUUCCUGCCGCCGGACUGCGACGCCGUGCUUGAGCGGGCAGUUCACAUCGUGGAUGCCUCCUGCAAGAAGGAGCUCUUCAUGGACCUCUGCGACGAGCACGUCCUCAUUGACGAUGGCAAGAUGAGUUUUGGGCUGCAGCGAUCAAAUGGCUCCAAAUGCUACAUGGUGUGCGCUACCGAGUUACAAAUCGCUUGGGCUAAUGUAGAUCUCUACUGGAGAAAGAGAUCGGACCCAGAUUCAAGGUUCUCGAAAGUGAUAGAGCUUGUCUCAGUCUGCUUGUUAAGCAUCUAUGCCAUCAUUAACAUCAAGGAGCUCUCUCCUGGUACCCACUAUGCGGGCUACCUCGUCUUCAAGCUCGCCCACGACGCCUCCGGCCUUGGCUCCUCACGCCAAAUAUCGUUCGUUGAGGUAGACGAGCAGCCGGUGGGAAAAGUCUACACGGCGUCUCUCCAUCCUUGCACCCGUUCUUCCUGUGAGCUCGACAGGGAAUGCGAAUCAUCGACGAUGGAGGAGCCGCAUGAGCACAAGCAGGAGGAUGAUGGAAGUGGCAUCGCCGUCGUGAGGUACCCGCGACAGAGAGUGGAUGGGUGGCUGGAGCUAGAGAUGGGUGAUUUCUACACGGGCAAAAUUGAUGAUCCAACCGCAAAUGUUAAAAUAGCAUUGUCCGAGCAUGAGGAGCUGCAGUGGAAGAAGGGGCUCAUCGUCGAAGGCAUCGAGAUAAGACCAAAGAAUUAAUUGAGAUGAUAGUUCUAUAUGGAUACCAGAAAACUUAUGUCGCACUUUGGGUGAUGAGCGAGUAAUAGGAUGGUUAGUGUUUGAUGUAGUCGUGGCAUGUUAUUAUUGUUUAUCGUAUACUUUUUGAAAAAGUGUAACAAUUGAAGGUUAUGUACAUUUAUGAUAUCUAAUCACUACGGAAAAACAGGGGCUGCCGUGCAACAAAUCUUUGCCGUGAGCCCACGCACGACAAAUAUUUCUUUGCCUUGCGACCGAGCAGAACGCACGGCAAAGAAAAGGAGCACGACAACAUCUGAAGGGAGCGCACGAUAAAGAAACAUUGCACGACAGAGUCUGAAGAUAACGCACGACAAAGAAUCGCCACGACAAUGACCCAACACACCACACAACAAAGAUUCCGUGCACGACAAAGACGUUGGGCAUUGCCGUGCAUCACCCUUUGUCGUGCAUCACCCUUUGUCGUGCGCGCAGCUAGGCUGCAUGGCAAGCAGGCUUUGCCGUGCGCCAUAUGACAUUUCCUUUGUUUUUCUUUCUAUUUUAUUUCAUCUAAUACUUAU